CGCCCAUCAGAUUGGUGUUUACUGUCCUUUCUUCGAUUUGCGUGAAGAUUUUGUUAAGAAAUGCACGAUAUAAUCGUCAAAACGACAACAGAUGAAGACUUUACCGAGGUAAUAUUUCUGCUGAUCGACUACAUAGUCGAGUUGCCCCGUACCCAACGCACCCGUGACCGACUGGCCAGUCUGCUGGGCCACCCGUCGAACAGCGACGAGCUGAAAAAUACGCUGAAAUUGUUCGAAAAUGUCAUACGAAAGUAUUGCGUCGGCGAACUCGAUGAGGACCAGUUACGAGCACACUUUAGCCAACUCCCUGCGAUUCGCCAGCAGCGAGUGGUGGAAAUCGUGAAUCUUCGAAAGCCGGAAAUCGCACAGCGGCUUAUCGAUGAGGUUAAUCGCCGGGAGGGUGGCGUACCGUUGGUAGAAUCGUUCGAUUGGGAUGUAAGCUGGGUCAUGGGAAGCAGUAGUUUGGCCUCGCUUCGCAAACAAUUGUGCACGGUAGUGUUUGCGUGUCGUGAUGUAGAUUCGAGACCAAAAACCGUCAGCUUCGAAAUGGAACGGGAACAGGUGGAUGAAGUGAUACGACAUCUUGAAGCAGCUGUUCAGUGUGGUGCCUAGCUGAUCAGUGAAUAAAGAAGCUCUGCU